CUAAAUUCUGCAAGUUCUGCUCAUUUUAACGGAGGUAGUGACGAUUCCAGAGAAAACAACUAGCCAAAUUCAAAGCUUUAUUUUUUAGUUAGCCAUCAUAGUCCUGGUUUCUACGUCUCUUUGCUUGUGAAUAUGGGCAGUGACAUUCCUCAGCUUCGCGUUUUCUUUUUCCCAUUUCUUGCUUACGGCCACAUGAUACCAAUUGUGGACAUGGCCAAACUAUUUGCAACACGAGGGGUGAAGAGUACCGUUAUCACCACUCCGGCUAAUGUGCCUCACAUCUUGAAAACCAUAGAGAGAAGCAAAAAUUUGGGUAUCGAAAUCGAUAUCAAGACCAUUAAAUUUUCCUAUCUUGAAGCUGGUUUGCCUGAGGGAUGUGAAAUUAUUGACGCCGCUAGCACUGGUGAAAACGCGAGCCUGGAAAAGACGAUGAAGUUUUUCAAGGCCAUGACUUUGUUCCGAGAGCCUCUUGAGGUUCUACUGGGGGAAUGUAAACCGGACUGCCUGGUGGCGGAUAUGUUCUUUCCGUGGGCCACUGAUGUUGCAGCCAAAUUCGGGAUUCCGCGGCUGGUGUUUCAUGGGACUAGUUUCUUCUCUUUGUGUGCAUCGGUGUGUAUGAUGCAGUAUGAGCCAUACAAGAAAGUUUCAUCGGAUUCGGAAAAAUUUCUGGUGCCAAAUCUUCCUGGUGAUAUAAAGUUGACAAAACAGCACCUGCCGGCUUUUGUGACAGGAGAUGUUGAGACUGACUUCAGCAGACUGUUGAAACGAGUGAAAGAAUCGGAAGUAAAGAGCUUUGGUGUUGUUGUCAACAGCUUUUACGAACUUGAGCCAGAUUAUGCCGAUCAUUACAGGCAGGUUCUUGGUAGGAGGGCAUGGCAUAUAGGCCCUCUUUCGCUAUGUAAUAGGAAUGUGGAAGAUAAGGCUUUAAGGGGAAAACAAGCCUCCAUUGAUGAACAUGAGUGCUUGAAAUGGCUAAAUUCAAAGAAACCCAAUUCAGUUGUUUACAUAUGCUUUGGAAGCAUGGCUAACUUUACCUCUGCUCAGUUAAUGGAGAUUGCAAUGGGGCUUGAAGCGUCGGGGCAGCAAUUCAUUUGGGUUGUGAGGAAAGAGAAGAAAGGUGAAGAAGAAGGGAAAGAAGAAUGGUUGCCUGAAGGAUUUGAGAAGAGAAUUGAAGGCAAAGGACUAAUUAUAAGAGGAUGGGCACCGCAAGUAUUGAUUCUUGAUCAUGAAGCUGUGGGCGGAUUUGUAACACAUUGCGGAUGGAAUUCCAGUCUUGAAGGAAUAACUAGCGGAGUGCCGAUGGUGACAUGGCCGGUGGCGGCGGAGCAGUUUUACAAUGAAAAGCUGUUGAGUCAAGUUCUUAAGAUUGGUGUUUGCGUCGGCGUUCAGAAAUGGUCCAGACUUGAGGCUGCGGGAGAUUUAGUGAAAAGGGAAGCGGUAGAAAAGGUAGUGAAAGAGGUGAUGAUGGGCAAUGAUAAGGCGGAGGCGAGGAGAAGAAGAGUCAAGGAACUUGGGGAGACGGCAAGGCGAGCUGUUGAAGAAGGGGGUUCAUCUUUCUCUGAUUUGAAUGCUUUGAUUAAAGAAUUGAAUUGGUGCCACCAUUGAAACAAAUGUGUUUUUUGGUUCUUGCCAAUUUGCAUUUGGUUCAGAUA